AUGCCCUUACCGGUCCUCUCCAAAGAACCCAUACCCGGCCUCGCCUUAUCAGCAUCAGGACUCGUCGCCCUCGCAGACCUCCAAACCAUUGCGAACCGGACCGCGCUGACGGGAACGUCCUCGUGGUUCGACGCUCUCGUCCUCGCGCCGGGUCUGCAUUAUCAACAAGCAGCCGACGCGGUCGCGGGGACCACCGGUACCGUCACCGCCCAGACGUCCGCCGCAUUUAGCUAUGGGGGCGCCGCGGGAGGAGGAGCGGGAGGAGGAGGAGGAGGAGGAGGAGGAGGAAACGGCGCCGGCAUCUUUGGCACGCAGGCGCUACCCGGCGGAAGGAAGAAAGACGUCAAGGUGACGAAUCCCGGGAUGCUGCUUUUCCUCUCGCGACUCGGGAUCCAGGAGGAACGGGCGCGGGAGAAGGCGCUGAAGAAGAGAAAGCUGGCCGGCGGCGGCGGCGGGGUCGAGGCCUUCGGGAUCGGGUCCGGGGGAGGAAGCGGGGAGAAGAUCAUCACACUCGACGUCGGCACUCUCUCCAGCCGGAAGCGGAGUAGGCGGGGCCGGGCGUUUGCCCACGAUGCGGACUGGGAGUUUGAACGGGCCAGUCAACUGCUGUACCUCGCGAGCCCGAUCCUCACUUUUGCUGCUCUAACCAUUAUGAUAUUAUUGGCGGAUUGGUGGGGACUCGCAUCGAUCCUAGCUCUCAUCACCUCCCGCCUCCUCAACAUCUACAUUAUCAAGCAACGCACCCCUCCCGCGCCGGCCCCGGUCCCCCCUCCGUCCUACACCGGCAACGGCAUGGGCAUAUUAUCAUCAUCAUCGUCACCGUCCUCACCCACCAAGCUCUCAGAGUAUCUGAUCCCGCUCACGCCAACCCUCAAAGUCCGCAUGCGCGGACCAGCCGACGACCUCGCCGCCCUCACGACGGACACGUGGCUGCUCACGAAAACGGACGUCCAGGGGUACCUCGAGGCCGCGGCGAAGCUGGCCGUGUACGUGGUCGCCAUCUUUAGCGGCAACGUGUCGCAGGCUGGGAACAUUGUGCUUUUGGUGCUGCUGUUGGUCAGCGCGGGCUUGCUGGGGCUGAGCAACGGGUUCAUGAAGGGCGUCAAGGGCAAGGGGCGCGUCGCGAGGGUGUGGCAUGGUGAUGAUGAUGGUGCGGGAAGCGGAGGAGGGAGGAGGGGGGAGAUGGGCAGGCCACGCGGCGACGGGCGGGAGGAGGAUACGAAUGGGACUGGUGAUCCGGAUUGGGAUUCACAGGUUGGGAGGGUUGUGAGGGAUCCUUACCCUUUUGAAGGCAACGUUGAAUAUUCAUAG